AUGUUCUUUGAACAAUUUCAAUCAAUAUUCAGUAAUGGUAUAAAAAUUCAACGAUAUGAAAUGAAAGAUAUUAUUGAAUUAUUUGCAUGGAUCAGAUUGCAAGAUCAACUAUUCGAUCAAUAUUUUUCUCACUAUUCCUUCACGGUGAACACAGAUGAUCUCUGGGAUAUGUUUUUAAAGUUAGGUAAAUUUAAUAUUAUCAAUAGUGUUAAUCAAAAACAUGUAAUAUCAAUAUUAACUGAAAAAAUUCCAUUAACUUCUAUCGAAACAUUUCGUCGAUAUACGAAAUUAGCCAAGACAUAUUUAAUAGAAAUCAAACCUGAAUUUCGUUCACAUUUUAUCGAAUUAUUCGAGAAAAUCUUUGAUGCUUAUAUUAUCAAGCAGUUCAAUUAUUCACAAUAUUCAUCUCGAGUCUCUCGAACAGAUUGUAAAGAUCUUUUACAAGACGGUCUAGAAAUGUCCUUAACUAAUCAUUUAGAAAGACCUUCGUGUCUACUUCUUGUUCGUAAAAUCCUCUGUGAAGUUGAAAAUUAUCAGAAGACCAACGCACAAAAACUCAAAACUGUAUUUGGAAACUUAAAAGAUUUUGAUGAGAAAUUAUGUCAAAAAUAUGCUGCGGAGAAAAUCAUUGAUGAUGAAUGGUUAAAAGAUUUUCUUAUUACUAAUCCUCAAAUUUGGUUAAAAUUGGAUCAAGAAACUUAUAGAUAUUUAUAUGCAAAUCAUCAGAAUAAUCCUUGGACAAUCUAUAUUUGGUCACGAAUUGUACAUUUAAGUCUUUCAAAAAUGCUAAAUAAUAAUUAUGUAGAUAUUCUAUCUAAAAUUAAUGAUUGGAUGAAAAAAGUAAAAUGUGAUAUUUAUAAUCCAACAGAUAUUUUUACAAUUACAUUAGUUAAUAAAUUAUUUGAACUCGUACUAACGAAAUAUUCUAGACCAAUUAUAACGUUAUCAAAUAUUGACAUAAUUAUAAAUUUCAUCAUAUGCAUGCGUGAAAACACAUCUGGAAGAAUAGAUGUUCAACAAAUUAAUAAUUUUAUUAGCAAUAUCCUAGAAACUGUUUAUGAAAUUCUUUAUUUAAAGAGUAAAUUUUCAUUAUAUCGUGAUUUGUUGACUGGUUCAAUCAUUCGUUGUUUCCUUCCAUUAAUCGAUUUACAGAAGAUUUUUAGUUCAGUUGAUCCUCAACAAUAUAGAUUUCCAUUGAUAAAUGCAAAUAUCGAUGUUGUUGUUGCUUUACCUAAACCUAAAGAUAUCGAUAUUAUAAAUAUCGAAUCUAACGAAAAAUUCUUUUCUCGAUUUAUUCAACAAAUAAAUGAAUGGUUUGAUUGGUUUGAUCAAUUUAUUGAUAUAUUUCAAUAUAUUAUUGAUUGGUUAAAAAAUCAUAAUGUUAAUCAUUCGAAUCAAUUAUUAAUUGAUUUAUUAAAUAUUCGUUAUGAUUCGAAAAUGACUUUUAUUGAGAUGAAAAUAAUUAUUGAACGUAUUUUAAAAAUUUUAGAACCAUUCAAAGAUCUUCGACGUCUUUGUCAUCUAUUUAAUUGUUUAAUUUCAUUUCAAAUUCUUAAUUCAGGAACAUUAAAUACUCAAGAUAAUACAAUAAAAUAUCUUAC